CCACACAGAAGGACAGGGAGACAGUGGGUAGACUCCACAGCAGGAGAGAGAGGGAGGUUUUGGUGCUUUUUCCCCCUUUGGAACUUUGGAACAGAAUCGGCAACUACUGACCUGUAACUCACACUUCAGGACGACUAGCGCUGGACAUGGCUGGUUGUCUGCGAAGUCGGCCGCUUUGGGCAUUUUUCACCUGCUCACUCUUAGCGCUUUCUCUCAGCCUCUGGUUUUCCUCAGUAGAUGCAGACCCAUUUAUUCCAGCUCACCUCUAUCACCACAGAGCAGCGCCUAAUGAAGAUGACAUUAUUAUAGCCAACAAUGGGAUCAGGGUUCCUUUUGGGAGGUCUGUGUACCUGGAUCCUGUGAAUGACCUGGUCACUGAGGUGCAGCCUGGUGAUCGCUGCCACAUCACAGUUCUGGACAAUGACCCGCUGACCCAGAAACCUGGGAUGCUGACUCCUAAAAAGUUCCCCUGCUCAUUUGGACCGAAUGACGUGAAAUACACUCAUUUUGGAUCUCGAAGCCCCAGUAAGGAUCGCGUGAAGCUGCAGCUUCGAUACGACUCCCAGACGGACACAGUUAUCAUCCCGUUCAUGCUGGAAGUGGAGGUGGUUUUUCAGCAGCUGGAGAUCCUCACGAGGAAUAUGCCGCUUAACGUAGAAAAGCUCCACGGUGACAGCAACCCCAUCGACAGAAGGGCUCUGGAGUUCUCCUUCGAGGACGGCGCCACACAGUGUAAGGUCACCACCCUGGUCGGCGCCGGAGGACUCCCCAGGUAUGGCACGCUUUUGAAUAACCCCACUAAUGGCCAAAUGGUUGACUGUGAUGAGUUUGUAAAACAAGGCAUCACCUACAAGCACACAGCUAAAACCAACUCACCAAACAGAGACUACAUCCCCAUGAUGGUAGAGGUGCAGGAUAAUGACGGCAAACUUAUAAUGCAAGAGCAUUUUCAGAUGAUGGUGAGGAUCAGAGAGGGAGCAGAGAAUACGUCUCCCAAGCCCAGCUUUGUAGCCAUGAUGAUGAUGGAGGUUGAUCAGUUUGUGAUGACAGCCAUUACAAAUGAUAUGCUGGCUGCUGAGGACAUUGAAUCUCACCCAGAUGAUUUAAUCUUCAACAUGACUUCGCCUCUAAACCCCCAGCAAGGCUAUAUCAUCAGCACAGACGAUCAGAAUCUGCCCAUCACCUCCUUCUACCAAAGAGACGUCAAAGAUCUUAAAAUAGCUUAUAAACCGCCUUCAGAUGACUCAGAAGUCGAAAGGAUUUUCCAGCUUGAGUUUGAAGUGGUCGACACCGAUGGUGCAGUGUCUGAUAGCUUUGCUUUUAUGAUUGUGGUGAAGCCUAUGAAUACUUUGGCUCCUGUGGCGACCAAAAAUACAGGGCAGCUCCUAUUUGAAGGCCAGUCCCGAGCGCUGUCCAGCUCCCGAAACUUAGAGAUUAGUGACGAGGACAACCUGGAAGAUGUCCGAAUCAGCGUGGUGGAGGGCUUGAAGCAUGGGGACCUGACCGUGCUCGGGGCCCGCAGAAAAUUCUUCACACCCGCCGAUUUACACGCCGGCAUUGUGGUGUACCAGCACGACGGCAGCGACACAUAUAGCGACAACAUUAUUUUUAGAAUGACCGAUGGCAGCAAUGACGUGGAGUUCUUGUUCCCCAUUACCAUUGCUCCUACUGACGAUGAGCCACCCAUCAUCAACGCCAACACCGGCCUGGUGCUCUUCAAAAAUGAAGUCAUGCAGAUCUCACCCUUCAUCUUAAGCGCCACAGAUAUCGACUCAGAGGACUCCACCAUUAAAUUCAUCCUAGAAGCGCCCUUUUCCACUGUCGGGGAGCUUCUGCUAAGGCAAGCGGAGGCUCCCUCUGACCCAUCGCUCUGGAAGUUCAGCGAGACAGACGAGACGUUUGAGCAGGUGGUGACUGAGUGGUUCCAGCAGGACAUCCUCGAUGGGAAGCUUUUUUAUCGGCACAUCGGACUCCACAGCACCACCACUGUCACCGACCACUUUGUGUUCAGGGUCCAAGACGACAACGACCCGCCGAAUCAAUCGGGCGAGCACAUGUUCACCGUAAAAAUCCACCCUGUUGACGAUCUGGCCCCCGAACUUUUCCCGGGCACCACCCUGCACAUGACAGUUCAGGAGUACGAGCUGACAAAGUUCAAGAAAAAAUUCUUGUGCUACACUGAUUUAGACUCAGACGAUAGGGACCUGAAGUACACUGUCAUUAAACGCCCAACCGACACCGAUGAGAACAAUCCAACCCCCUUAGGUGAAAUUGUGUUGACUGACAGUCCUGGGACUUUAAUUACAGAGUUCACACAGGCUCAGGUUAAUCACCACAAAGUAGCCUACAAACCCCCAGACCAGGAACUGGGCAUCACUCCCAAAGUGGUUCAGUUCCUCUUCACUGUAGAAGACACGGCUGGUAACACAGUAGAUGGACUGUUCACCAUUUUCUUACAGCCAGUUGACAAUAAACCUCCAGUCAUCACCAACACAGGCUUCACUCUAAUGGAACGAAGUACGUACGUCAUCACGUCGAAGGAGCUUCAUGCCACUGACACGGAUACAGAUGAUGACAGAAUUGUCUUCACUGUGACCCAGAGUCCUCUUUACGGGCAACUGCAGUAUCUGGGCAUCGAAAUGUCAAAUGGGAAAGCGUUCUUUCUUGAAGACAUAGCAAACAGCCGCAUCACGUACACCCACAGUGGAAUGGAAUCCCUUAGUGAUGUCAUCAAGCUUGACGUCAGUGACGGCUUCCACGAGGUGCCCAUCGCUAUCAAGAUCGCCAUCGAGCCAGUCGACGACGAGACCCCGACCAUUAUGCUUCCGGGUGGUUUGCUCGGCACCACCAUCGAUGUGCUGGAAAACGGAGCGACAGAGAUCACCAGCAACAUCAUCCAGGGCCGCGACGAGGACACAGACGAUCUCAUGCUGACUUUUAUUGUAGAGGAGCCUCCCAGGCUCGGCGAAAUCCUGGUUAACGGCGCGCCCGCCGAAAGCUUCACCCAGGAGGACGUCAUCAAUGGCGCGGUGGUGUACGCGCACACCUCUGGAGAGAUUGGUCCGGUCAGAAAGCACGACUCCUUUAAUCUCACUUUGACUGACAUGUCAGAUCAGUGGGUCGUCGGUGGGAACAAAGUCCAAGGUGUAACUGUCCACGUCACCAUCCUUCCCGUUGACAGCAUCCCCCCUCUCAUCAGUGUUGGAGGGCAGUUUGUUGUUGUGGAAGGUGAGAAAAAUGUAAUAACUCUAGACUAUAUCCAGGCCGAAGACAUAGACACAGACAAUGACGACAUUCUGUGCACCAUCAUCGUCCAACCGACAUCCGGCUAUGUGGAGAACAUCUCCCCUGCUGCCGGCUCUGAGAAAUCCAGGGCCGGGACGGCUAUUACCGCCUUUAGCAUUAAAGAUGUCGCCAUCGGCCACAUCUACUACGUUCAAAGCAUCCACAAAGGAGUGGAACCUGUAGAGGAUCGCUUCACCUUCCGCUGCUCGGACGGUAUUAACUUCUCCGAACGCCACUUCUUCCCCGUCAUCAUCAUUCCGGCCAACGACGAGAAGCCGGAGAUUUUCGUCCGUGAGUUUGUGGUGAUGGAAGGUAUGAGUCUGGCCAUCGACGUGCCGAUCCUGAACGCAGCCGACACCGACAUUCCUGGCGAUGAGCUGCACUUUGAGAUCAUCAAGAACCCAAAGCACGGUAAAAUAGUUCAGCAGCUCAGCAGCGGCACCAUCCCUGUGGUUAAAUUCAACCUAGAGCAAAUCAAAGAGGCAUCCAACAUCAUCUACGAACACGACGACUCGGAAACCAAGGAAGACAGCUUUGAAAUCAGACUCUCUGAUGGGAAGCACACGGUGGAGAAAACCGUCAUGAUCAUGGUUAUUCCUGUUGACGACGAGACGCCAAGAAUGUCUAUAAAUGACGGCCUUGACGUUGAGAUCGGAGAGACAAAAGUCAUCAGCAACAGAGCUUUAACGGCGACAGAUCUGGACUCAGAAGACAAAGCGCUGACGUACGUUAUCCGUUACGGACCUGGACAGGGCUACCUUCAGCGCAUCAGCAGGUUUGGUGACGUCUUAGGUAACAUCACCCUGGGAAUGAACUUCACACAGGAUGAAAUCGACAAGCAGCUCAUCCAGUACGUGCACACGGGCCAAGAGGGAAUCCGCGACCUGGUCAAAUUUGAUGUGACAGACGGCAUCAACCCCCUGAUCGACCGCUACUUUUACAUCAGCAUCGGAAGCAUCGACAUGGUCUUUCCAGACGUCAUCAACAAAGGUGUGACUCUGAAAGAAGGAGGCAAAGUCACUCUCACCACCGACCUGCUCAGCACGUCUGAUAUCAACAGUCCUGAUGAGUACCUGAGCUUCAGCAUCACCAGAGCGCCCAGUCGAGGCCACUUGGAGAGCACCGACCAACCAGGAGUCCCCAUUUCCACCUUCACACAACUGCAGCUCGCCGGCAAUAAGAUCUACUACAUCCACACGUCUGACGAUGAGAUGAAAAUGGACAGCUUUGAGUUUGAGGUGACGGACGGCUACAACCCCGUCUUCAGGACGUUCAGAGUGUCCAUCACCGACGUUGAUAAUAAGAAACCAGUGCUGACCAUAAACCGGCUGGUUGUGGAGGAGGGGGAAACCAGGCUCAUCACGCCCUUCGAGUUGACUGCCGAGGACCGGGACACGCCAGACAACCUGCUCCGCUUCGUGGUCACUCAGGUGCCCGUGCACGGACAGCUGCUGUUCAACCACAGCCAGCCCAUCGCGGCCUUCACCAAGCAGGACCUGAACGAGAACCUCAUCAGCUACCGGCACGACGGCACCGAGAGCGCCGAGGACAGCUUCUCCUUCACGGUCACCGACGGCACCCACAGCGACUUCUACGUCUUCCCCGACACCGUAUACGAGACGCACAGGCCCCAGACGAUGACCAUUCAUAUCAACACCGUGGACAACGGCGUGCCCCAGAUUGUGGUCAACAAGGCCGCGGCCUCGCUGAAGGUCCUCCACACGGGUCACUUGGGCUUUGUGAUCACAAGCAAGACCCUUCGAUCGGAGGACCGCGACAGUCCCCAGAAGGUGCUCAAAUACAGCGUGUCUGAGGCGCCUCUACAUGGAUUUAUCAUAAACACCGCCGUGGGCAACGACAGCAUCACAACCUUCACACAGGCUGAUAUCAAUGACAUGAAGAUCUGUUAUGUGCUGCUGGACGGGAGCAACGCCACAAGUGAUAUCUUCUACUUCACAGUUGAAGACAACGGUGGAAACAAGCUAAAACCGCAGCCCUUCCGGCUCAACUGGGGCUGGAUCUCUCUGGAGAGGGAGUACUACCUGGUGGACGAGGACGCCCGAUUCCUGGAGGUGACGCUGAAGCGCAGAGGUUACCUGGGGGAGACCUCCUUCGUCGGCAUUGCCACCAAGGACGGCACAGCCGAGAAGGACAAGGACUUCCGAGGCAAAUCGCAGAAACAGGUCCAGUUCAAUCCCGGCCAAACCACCGCGACCUGGAAGGUGAAGAUUUUCGCAGACCAGGAGUUUGAGACGUCAGAGACCUUCGAGAUCCAGCUGUCGGACCCGGUCAUGGCUGUGCUGGAGUUUCCAGACAGCGCCACAGUGGAGAUUGUGGACCCGGGAGACGAGGCGACCGUCUUCAUCCCUCAGGCGGAGUUCAGGGUUGAGGAGGACGUCGGGGAGCUGUUGGUGCCGGUGCGGCGCCUGGGAGACGCCAGCCAGGAGCUCAUGGUGGUGUGUUACACGCAGCAAGCCACGGCCACUGGCACCGUACCCAGCACCGUCCUGUCCUACUCCGACUACAUCAGCCGGCCCGAGGACCACGGCAGCGUGCUGCGCUUCCACAAGGACGAGCGCGAGAAGCCGUGCCGCGUCAUCAUCAUCGACGACUCGCUGUACGAGGAGGAGGAGAGCUUCAACGUCAGCCUCAGCAUGGCCAUGGGCGGCCGGCUGGGCGCCAACUACCCCACGGCCAGGGUCAGCAUCGCGCCGGACAGCGACGACGAGCCUUCACUGUUUUUUGGGGAACCUGAGUACGUUGCGGACGAGAGUUCGGGCUACGUGGAGGUGAAGGUCUGGAGGACGGGCACUGACCUGUCCAAGACGGCCACCGUCACCGUCCGCUCCAGGAAGAGCGAGCCCGUCUCUGCUGAAGCUGGACUGGACUAUGUUGGCAUAAGCCGCAACCUAGACUUUGCUCCGGGAGUGACGAUGCAGACAUUCAGGGUGACCAUCCUGGAUGACCUGGGUCAACCGGAGCUUGAGGGGCCCGAGACGUUCGACCUCGUCCUGCGGAUGCCUAUGGAUGCUGUGCUGGGAGAGCCAAGCAAGACAACCAUCACCAUCAACGACACGGUCACCGACUUGCCAAAGGUCCAGUUCAAAGAAGGCAGCUACAGGGUGGAUGAGGCCGACGGGGAGGUGAGGGCUAUCGUGUACCGGAGCGGAGACAUCAGCCUGGGGUCCACGGUGCGCUGCUACACGCGGCAGGGCUCGGCUCAGGUCAUGAUGGACUACAGCGAACGGCCCAAUACCGACGCCUCCGUCAUCACCUUCCUGCCGGGUGAGUCCGAGAAGCCGUGCGUCGUCAGCCUGGAGGACGACUCCGUCCACGAGGAGGACGAGGAGUUCCGCCUCGUCCUCGGGUCUCCGAAGAGCAAGUCUUUGUACGGAGCUGCCAUCGGGGAGCAGAAGGAAGCACUGGUCACGGUCACAGAUGAGAGAGACAAGCCCAUCAUUCGCUUCUCUGAAAUCAAGUACAGUGUGCGUGAACCCCAGGUAAAAGGCCACGUGGCGGUAGUGAAGAUUCCGAUCCUGCGUGUUGGCGACACCUCGAAGGUGUCGCUGGUGAGAGUUCACACCAAAGACGGCUCCGCCACCUCCGGAGAGGACUACAACCCCCUGUCCGAGGACGUGGAGUUCAAGGAGGGCGAGAAGGAGCACUUUGUGGAGAUCGAGAUCCUGUACGACGGCGAGCGAGAGAUGAGAGAGGCCUUCACCGUGCACAUGAAGCCCGAUGACAACAUGGUGGCCGAGGUGCAGAUGAACAAAGCCAUUGUGUACAUUGAGGAGGUGGACAGCGUGGCGGACGUCACCUUCCCGGCGGUGCCCCAGGUGGUUUCCCUGCUCAUGUACGAUGACACGGGCAGAGCCAAGGACAGGCCCCGCCCCCCCAACGGGUACCCUGUGGUGUGCGUGACGGCCUGCAACCCCAAGUACCACGACUUUGACAAGACUGGCUCCAUCUGCUCGGCGGAGAACAUCAACGACACCCUGACCCAGUACCGCUGGCUGAUCAGCGCCCCCACCGGGUCCGACGGCGUCACCAGCCCCAUGAGGGAGGUGGACACCAACACCUUCUUCACCAACACCAAGUCCAUCACGCUGGACUCCAUCUACUUCCAGGCCGGCUCCCGGGUCCAAUGCGCCGCCAGGGCGUUCAACGCCAACGGCGACGCGGGCCUGGAGCUGUCCAGCCCCAUCGCGGUGAUCAGCACGGAGGAGGGCAUGUGUCAGCCGCGGGUCCCCGGCGCCGUCGGGGCCGAGCCCUUCUCAGCCAAGAUCCGCUACACGGGCCCGGAUGACCCGGACUUCCCCAACCUCAUCAAACUGACGGUCAACAUGCCUCACAUGGAUGGUAUGCUGCCGGUCAUCUCCACAAGGCCCCUGUCCAACUUCGAGCUCACGCUCAGUCCCGACGGCACCCGCGUGGGCAAUCACCGCUGCUCCAACCUGUUGGACUUCAACGAGAUCCAAACGGGCCACGGCUUCAUCACGGACGCCACCAAGAACCCUGAGAUCAUCGGCGAGACGUCGCCGUACCAGUACAGCGCGGCCCUGCGCUCGGCCAACUCCCUGCGCUUCUACCGGAACCUCAACCUGGAGGCCUGUCUGUGGGAGUUCAGCAGCUACUACGACAUGUCGGAGCUGCUCAACGACUGUGGAGGCUCCAUAGGCACCGACGGACAGGUGCUGAACCUGGUCCAGUCCUACGUCACGCUGCGCGCUCCUCUCUUCGUGUCCUACAUCUUCCACUCUCCGGUGGCCGUGGGAGGGUGGCAACACUUCGACCUGCAGUCGGAGCUCAAGCUCACCUUCGUGUACGACACCGCCAUCCUGUGGCAGGACGGCAUCGGAAGCCCCCCGGAGGCGGAGCUGCAAGGAGCCAUGUACCCCACCAGCAUGCAGAUAAACGAGGAGGGGCGUCUGGUGGUCAACUUCAAGACCGAGGCUCGUUUCAGGGGGCAGUUUGUGAUGUCUCACCCAGGAAGCACUGUGUUAUCCAUGGUGAUGUGCGCCGACCACUCGGGGCUGACCUUCACGCUCAGCCUGGUCCGGACGGAGCCCACGUACAACCAGCCCAUGCAGCAGUGGAGCUUCGUCUCAGACUUUGCCGUGCGGGACUACUCUGGGACCUACACGGUGAAGCUGGUCCCCUGCAUUGCUUCCCCCAACGGAGAGUUCAGCAUUCCUCCCGUGUGCCACCCAAGAGAGCCUCUGACCUUUGACAUGGACAUACGCUUCCAGCAGGUGAGUGACCCCGUAGCAGCUGAAUUCAGCCUCAACACGCAGAUGUUCCUGCUGUCCAAGAAGGAGCUGUGGCUGUCCGAUGGCUCCAUGGGCUUCGGGGAAGGGACCGAUUCGGCGUUCUCUGAAGGCUCCACCAUCUACGGCCGUGUGAUGGUGGACCCGGUCCAGAACCUGGGGGACUCCUUCUCCUGCAGCAUUGAGAAGGUCUUCCUCUGCACGGGAACUGAUGGAUACGUUCCUAAAUACAACCCCACCAACAGGGAGUACGGCUGCCUCGCAGACGCGUCCUCUCUCCUGUACAGAUUCAAGAUCCUGGACAAGGCCCAGCCCGACACUCAAGCCUCCGCUUUUGGUGGCGUUUCAUUUAUGGCCACACUGGCUCAAGACACGCCUGGAGCGCUGCCUCUGAUCAGGCAACCAGGGACUGACGGCUUUGCGCUGUCUUCAUCUCCGCUUUUCCAGGUGGCUGCCGGUCGAGAGUGGUUCAUCCACACCAUCUACACCGUCCGCUCCAGAGAAAACGCCAACCGCCACAUAGGCAAGCGCAGUGCGGAGCCGCUCCAUCACAGCGUGUCCUCCGUUGCCCAGCCCCAGGCGUCCGGCGGAGCCUCUCGCCGGCGCCGGGCGGCCCCCGCCUUCUCCGGCCCUGCUGUGGCCCAAGACAUCGGUGCUGAAAACAACCGGGGAACCAACAUCCAGCACAUCGCCCUGGACCGAAGGGACCGCAUGGUGGUCCACCAGCACCAGCCCUGGUCGCCCAACCGCGACCCGCUGCCGGAGCGCCCCCUGCUGGAGAGUUCUGGCAGAGAGCCCGCCGACACCUCCCUCCUGCCCAUGUUGGUGGGCCUGGCGGGCCUGAUACUCCUCGUCUGCCUCGUCGCCAUGAUCGUCAUCCUGCUGCUGCGGCGCAAGAAGAGGGAGAAAAAGAGCCGGUUCCCGCCGUACACCACCUCCUCCUCGUCUGCCUACGGUGGCUACAACCAAAGCCAUGCAGGCGUGUGGAGCAGUUCAGACAGCUCUGAGGUCUAAGAGUGGACCUCCCUCUACCUUAAAACACCUGCCCCCACUGAAACAGACUUUCUCCUCCACCAUCGUGCCUUCAAUGCCCAACUCUUAGCACUGAAAGAGCCCGGAACAGCCUGUGGACAGCACAGCAGCUCAGUGCCGUGGGCUCACAUGCACAGAGAGCACCCAGGUUUACUGCUGCUUACUGGUCUAUGAUGAUGGUUAGCUCUUGCUGUAACGUACGGUAGGGUUUUGCCUUUUGCAGCCAAUCCUGAAUCAUGGAUAAAGGUAGAGACCUGUAAAGCAUUCAACCGCUUUAUUAGUUGCCAAGUUGUAAAAUAUCCCUCUUUAAUGUUUGCAACUGCAUGAAAAUCCCAGUUUAGUAAAGACUAAUAUUUUAAGGACAACCAAUUGAAAUUGUAUGAAAUAUUUUACUAUUUCUCAUCUAAAGGUAACAAGAUUACCAUGUUUUUAUUACUGUAAUUCACUGUAUUAAUUGUGUUUAGUGCAGAUUAGAGCAAACGUGACUGAAUGUUAUGGUGAUGCUGAUGGUAAUGAAUGAUAAUGUGAUAACUUUUAGUAUUAAUAUUGUUCUGUUGCGCAUACGCUAGCCUGCAGUAUAUAGCUGAGUUAACAACACCACUACGGUGCCACUGAAGGGGAUCGUAAACGUUAUUUGUCGAGAACAAUGAUGUUCACAAUUCAAAAUGUUGAGGUCAAAGUGGCUGAAGUUCAAUACGAAACUAUUUUAGUAGGUAUCAAAGUAGGACUGUGAGCAUAGUUAACAGCCUGGUGAAACUUGAAAAACUGACCGCUACAUGUUUCUUGUUGAUCAAGUUCAAAGAAAGUACAGUAUGAAAUUACAAUUCUUCUACAGCAACAGUGUAUUUCAAUGUGCCAGCUAUUAGAAGACUUCAUGGCUUACACGCUGUGCUCCUUUCAAGUGCAUUGAUGUCUGUACACUUCAACUCCCAAAUACAAAACUUUUCUCAA